GUUUGCUAUCGAUAUCGAAAAAAGUGUCGUAGCUGACGUGUUUUGGUUUUCUGUGAGCAAAAUUAACUAAAAUUAAAAUGAAAACAAGGCUUAUUUUACUGUGCCUGGCCCUGGCGCCUGUUGUGCUGGCAAAGAAAUUCACCGACGAGGAAAAACCGGCUUGGGCCAAGAAGGAUAUACGCGACUACAGCGAAGCGGAUCUGGAGCGUUUGCUGGACCAGUGGGAUGAAGACGAGGACCCACUAGAGCCGGACGAGCUGCCCGAGCACUUGCGUCCGCAGCCAAAGCUGGAUUUCUCAAAUCUGGAGAGCAAGAACCCCGAAGACUUGCUUAAAGUGUCGAAGAAGGGACGCACGCUCAUGACUUUCGUCUCCGUUACCGGCAACCCAACGCGUGAGGAAGGCGAAACAAUUACCAAAAUCUGGCAAACCAGCCUUUGGAAUCACCAUAUUCAGGCAGAGCGGUAUAUGGUCGAUGACAACCGUGCCAUAUUCCUCUUCAAGGACGGCGCUCAAGCCUGGGAGGCAAAGGACUUCUUGGUCGAACAGGACCGCUGCAAGGGCGUUUCCAUCGAGAACAAGGAAUACCCUGGCAUACACGCUAAGGACGAGCUCUAGACAUCGUGUUAACUAGACAUUUACAUUUCUGCAUUCUCAUCCAACUUUACUUUUAAGCAAAAAGAUGAACAAACACAAAGGUCGUAAGGAAUAUUAAUUUGUAUAAUAAAAAAUAGAAUUCUGAUAUUUAUUAUUAAUAUCAGAAACUCAUAACACCUCGUCUAGCAAA